GAAUCCUAUCCAAUCCACUAGGCUGAGGACUGACCGGACUGACAUCGUAACAUAGUUCAAGCGGUUCAACAACCUGAUUUAUGGGUUUCUUCAAUCACAUCAGGGUACUCUUUCAGAGCCGAGUAGGAGCGAGAGGCUCCCCCAGGCAGCCUCGUGUGACGAAUACAGCAGGGACGGAAUACAAGCUUCGUGUAUCGUGCAGUCUCAACGAAAAAUCAGGGUUUGCCCCAGGAACCACCAACAUUGGAGAGCGCUCCGGCUGCGUCACCAUCAAGAGCGAGCCACGUUGGAGCGGGGACUCUUCCGACAAGGAUGGCUCGGAUGACCACCAGCUGGAGAAACAACAAUGGAAAAACAAGCACCAGUGUCGCUUCUGCCCUUAUUCUAGUUCUUACUCCCCGAACGUAACUCGUCAUGAAAAGCAGCACACGGGAAGGAAGCCGUUCAGCUGCCGCUACUGCCGCAGGUCGUUCUCGCAGAAGGCUGCCCUGGAGAACCACGAAAAACUGCACACAAGCGACAAGCCAUUCAGGUGCCGGACUUGCUACAAGGCGUUUAAACUGAGGACCAGCCUGGUGCGCCACGAAAGGAUUCACACGGGAGAAAGGCAGUCCAGGUGCAGCACAUGUGGGAAAACGUUUAGAGACACGACGGAUUUGAUACGCCACGAAGGAAGUCAUAGGGGAGACCGACAGUAUCGAUGUGAGAUCUGUGGUAAAGGGUACUCAAAAAUACCUUAUUUAAACGACCAUCGGGAAAGGUGCCACGGUGACAAUGCGAGCUUGCCGCAAAAAGCUGAAACGAGUCGGGGAGAGGAUGGGAACAUGAAUAAAAGAGGGAACAUGAGCUGAACCAAUUUGGAGAAAAGACGAGGUGACAGAGGAAGAGAAGUGGUGCAUUAGACGGCUGUGCUAGUCUAGAAGAGGAGGUGUGAAGACCGUACGGGUGGGAGUGGUCCCGGGAUUCAAGCCUAUGCAGUGCAGCGUAACCUGUAACAGGAAACGGUGCCACUUUGCACUCCAGGGCUAGAAGGCAUGCUCACAAAAUUGGUAGGAUUCAGCAGUUUAGUACAAUCUAGAUGUUACAUUCUCUGCAAUCUGCAAAGGUCGUAAAUGGGAAUAUACGACCCCUAGCAUUUGUAAUUGUUGGCUCCUGUUAAAUGUAGUACUCAGUUUCCAAAAAAAAAAAAAAAAUAUUGUCUUUGCUGCUGUGGCGUUGCUACCGGCUCUCUGGUGGUACUACCAUGGCGAUAGUGACACUUGAAGCAUGAAGCGUACGACUGCUCUUGGUCGAUAGGAGAAGCGAGUGAUGUGCCAUCCCUUUUAUCUCGUAAUUGGGCUCGAUCCGUCAGUUAUGCAUCCUGAGAACAAGAAUUGUCCACAACAGUUUUUGGUCCUUAGUGGAGACACCAAGUCCCUCACUGCUCAGUGCACAAGUCGUCAACGGUUGACCCACACGGUCAUCGAUGGCUGCAAUUAAGAGUCCAACAGACUGACCUGUGAUAGGAUGACGGGGCCGAACUUCGGGGUUUUUGUUCUGUCUCCAGAGACGGGCAUAAUUCUGCAGAUUUCCUUUAUUUGGUAAACUGUGUUCUUUAGUUUUGUUUUUGAACCCUUGUAAGUUUUUGUCAUUUCUGUGAAAAUACAUUCCUUUUUUUCAAAAAUAAAAGCUCGAACAGAAAUCUUCUUAAUUAAAGGGCUGUCAUCAAAACUACUACUAUAGUCAGUUACAAGUUAAGAAACAUUUUUCAGGGAAAGGAAGUAAGUGGAGGAGGAAGCUGACGGAAUGCUGGAGAGGAGAGGACGAAACCAGCUCCUCUCUUCAGCAUUCUGUCUGCUUACUCCUCCCCAGCCAGAAAACUUUUCUUAACCUGUCACUGACUAUAGUGUGGUAGAAAGUAGUCAUUUGGGGCACUAACUUAAGUGGUGAAAUUUGAUGCUUGUCACUCCCCUUUCGAAAUAAAAUGCGAAAAAGUGGCGAUGUUCUGUUUGCACUAACAGUGUUGUGCAUGUAUCUGUAGAGACCACCUGCCUACAGAACUAUAUUGAAGUUUCACGCUGUCCCUUACAAUGGUUGAUCAAUCUAGCAAGUGCCUACCCAAAAGUUGGAGAUAACCUUGAAAACCCGGGCAAUAGAUGCUCGAUAGUUUCAAGAGCAAGAAUGUAGAAGGGCUACGUGGUGGGAUGGGCUUCACCACUUUGCACCGAGGUGCUCAAAGAAGCAGCUGACCAAGUGGAGCAUUUCGGAAGGCUAGUUUGUCUCGGGAGUCUGGGGAGGGUGCCUUGUAUGUCUUAAUGGACGAAGGGCAUGUUGGUGUGGCUCAAGGUUGAAGAAAUAAUAAACAUGUCAGGACGAACACGAAA